AUGAUGGUUAGUAGAUCGACCACAACACCAAAAGCAGAUAUAAUACACGCCUUCCGUGCUAUUGCGCUAUCAACGAUCUCACAAAGCACCGUCUUUUCCAUCAACGCAAGUCUUGACCUCCAAAGUUCGGGUAACAUGCCCCCCCGGUCUUUCCCCAAGUUUCCCCGCUUGCCUACUGAAAUUCGCUGUUACAUCUGGCGCCUUGCUCUUCGACAACCUCGCGUCCAUCGCCUGCGCACUGCUAAUGUGGCUCUCGAGCAACCCCAUUCUCUUCUGCGUACUGAAACACUCCCUCGGUCCACGAUAACCACGCGUGACAUCCUUGCAACAUGUCGCGAGUCUCGAAAUGAGGCAUUGCGCGCAUUGCCAGACCUAUUGCCUCUUAGCGACUGUGUGAUUCAUUUCAACGGGCGUGAGGAUGUUAUCUGCCUCGUCAAAGUGAAUCUAGAUGUGUUAGACGCAUUGAGCGAGGCGGUAUUGAGGUAUCGCGCUCCGGGACAUGGUGGCAAGAAUGACGGAUCUGUUGUUCAGAUGCCCGAUGCUCUAGACUGGGUCGACAAGGCGACGAAACUAGCAUUAGAAGCUCGCAACUCAGACUUCCAUGACGACUUCGGUUUUUCGUCCACUGAAGGAAUCGAUCAGAAUCGAGUGCUACGAUUCAUGUCCAUGUUUCCAAAACUGGAAUGGUUGUUUCUAAUCGUCUUGCCGUCACCGGAUGAUAUGGAGACGGUGAUAAUUGAUGAGGCUGACGACGACGUCGACGACGAAGAGCAUGAGGGAGAGGGUGACAAAGAUGCUACUACCAGUUCCAGGAAUGGCGGCAGCAGUACUGGCUCCAUUGGCAGCUAUUGGAUUCGAGGUGAGAAUGGCAUCAGCGACUGGUAUCGCUGGGUGCCUCGCAGCACAACAUGGGACUACUCGACUGAGAAAGUGCAGACGCACUUCUCAGAUAUGGCAAUUUGGAAGGACAGCCUUCAGGCCGCACUGCGGCGUCAUGGCGACGAAAGCCGGAUGUUGAGAUCGGUGCAAGUUGAGGUAAUGCUGCAUUUCAGGGAAGGCGCUGAGCCACCGAGAGAUCUGUAG